AUGAAGUUCAACCUGUUCAGAAGGACACAGGCCGUGUCAGCCAACGAGCCCACCGGUGCCACCACCAUGACCAUGGCUCCCACCCCGGCUGUCAUCUCCACCUCGGCGCCGGACACCUCUGGCUCCAACAACACAGAGAUCAACAAGAAUGACAUGUUUGAAGAGAUCAAGAGCAAAUUCCUGAAUGAAAUUGAUAAAAUCCCAUUGCCUCCGUGGGCUCUGAUUGCCAUUGCUGUGGUGGCCGCGUUGCUGAUCCUUACCUGCUGCUUCUGCAUAAUCAAAAAAUGCUGCUGCAAGAAGAAGAAGAACAAGAAAGGGAAGAAGGGCAAGGAUGGCUUCAACAUGAAGAACAUGCAGGGUGGCGAGAAACACCAGGACGACGAUGAUGACGAGGGAGAGACCGGACUGACGGAGGAAGAGAAAGAGGAGGAGGAGAAAGAACAAGAGAAACUGGGGAAGCUGCAGUACUCCAUAGAUUAUGACUUUGAGAAUACAAAGCUCACAGUCGGCAUCCUUCAAGCUGCGGACCUCAUGUCCAUGGACUCAGGCGGUACCUCCGAUCCUUACGUUAAAGUCCUGCUCCUACCUGAGAAGAAGAAGAAGUUUGACACCAAAGUCCACAAGAAAACCCUGAACCCUGUCUUCAAUGAGACGUUUGUAUUCAAGGUACCCUAUGAGGAGCUCGGUGGGAAGACUCUGGUGAUGUCUGUUUAUGACUACGAUCGAUUUUCCAAACAUGACGUCAUUGGCGAGGUGAAGAUCCCCAUGAACACCAUCGACCUCGGACGUCCGAUCGAGGAGUGGCGGGAUCUGGAGAGCGCUGAUCAAGAGGAGCCUGAGAAACUCGGAGACAUCUGCAUCUCCCUCCGUUACGUUCCCACCGCUGGAAAACUCACCGUCUGCAUCCUGGAGGCAAAGAACCUGAAGAAGAUGGACGCCUGCGGAUUAUCUGAUCCUUAUGUAAAGAUCCAGCUGCUGCAGGGGGGCAAGCGUCUGAAGAAAAAGAAGACCACGGUGAAGAAGAACACCUUGAACCCGUAUUAUAAUGAAUCCUUCAGCUUUGAAAUCCCGCUGGAACAGAUGCAGAAAAUCUUGGUGGCCGUCACAGUGUUUGAUUAUGACAAGAUCGGUAAGAAUGACGCCAUCGGAAAGAUCUUUGUGGGCAGCAAGGCGACUGGCCUCGGUCUGAAGCAUUGGUCCGACAUGCUGGCUAACCCGCGCCGCCCCAUUGCCCAGUGGCAUCCAUUGCAGCCAGAGGAGGAUAUCGAUGGUCAGCUGGCAUCCUUGGCUGCAAAGAAGUAA